CCGAAAUAUCCGUCAUCGACAGGCUGUUUUUCUCCUCACCCCACUAACACGGUGUUAGUUAUGGACAAAGAUUACACCCCAUUGUCAUCUACGUGCAUCAAGAAUCUUGUGGAUAAGCUUUUUGAGAAACGCAAACUAGCCUCGCAAGAAGUCGAAAGGAUUAUCAAGGAAUAUAUCAGUCAAGAUCGACAUUCAGAUAUUUCUAGGAUCAUCGGAUAUUUCAGCCAGGAUUUCAUUCACUCUGCUAGUCCUCAUACUCGGAAAGGCGGCUUGCUAGGUUUAGCUUCAGUAGCAAUUGGGCUUAACGAGCAUGCAUGUCUUUUCCAUGGACCGAUCAUUCUGCCAAUUAUUCGUACAUUCCAUGAUAACGACCCACGAGUGCGAUAUUACGCAUGUGAAGCCCUUUUCAAUGUUAUGAAAAUAACUCGUAAAGAAACUUUGAAUUAUUUGAGUGACGUCCUUGAUGCCAUAAGUAGAGGUGUAUCUGACUCUGACUCAACUGUCCGGCCUGGAGCGAUGCACUGUGAUAGACUUUUAAAAGAGAUCAUCGUGGAGACCGAUAUUUCAGACUUAACAGACGUCGUUGCAUUGCUGAAGGAACGGAUAUAUACAAAUAAUCCAUAUACACGGCAGUUUAUUGUUUCGUGGAUUACUACACUUUAUUCAAUUCCAGGAUUAAGGGUUUGUGUUUAUUUACCACAAUUAUUAGAUGGACUUUUUCGCAUACUUGGUGACCCAAAUCCAGAUAUAAGAAGACAGUGUGAAUUGCUGCUAACGGACCUGCUAAAAGAGAUAGAGGCUAAUCCGAGUGAAAUUGCUUUGGAUACGAUGAUCAACUGUCUAAUAGUACAUUGUCGACUUUCUGCAACAGGUGAUUUCCUUGUUUUUAUUUCUGUUCUGAGACAGUUUUCACUUAGUCUGAGGUAAAUAUUUCCAAAGCCUCAGGAUGGUCGGGGGUGGGUGCCUUGCGCUGCGGGUUGGCCACCCCUCCGCACACCUCUUGAAAUGCUCCCAUAUGACCGGGCGUCUUACAUAGCCUCUCCUGAGGAAGUCCCACUCACUGCCUUCACGUGGCGGAGGUGUUUUUCACCAAAGUGAGAGGGCGAAAGCGGAUGCCCGGCGCUCUUCACCGGGUUGACUGUCCAUUGGAUGACAGUCUAGGGGAGAUGGCUAAACCCUGAUUCCAAACCUCCAACGACUGGCGUAUGAAUCUCACUGGAGCUCACCAGCAGACCUAUGGACAAAGGGCUUGUUGGAUGUCUGGCCCCAUUCAAAAAGGCGUAUGAACCGAACUCCGGUCACCGGCUGCCAAUGGAUAGUGGACUCCCUACUCCACUCCUACUGCCUUGUAGGUCACACUUGGUUGUGUAAAGGCUAGAGCUGCACUCUCAAACAAAAGGCCGAGCGAUUCUGGGGACAUCACUCGUACCAAAUUCCCAUGAAACUUCAUGAACUCCCUCACAAACGACUCUCACCAUGAUUCGAGAUGUUCAUGAAGCCGGCUCAUCCUCCCGUAGGAGAUAGCCGAAGUAAAGUAAAGUAACAUGUUCCUUCGUCAAUGUUGCAUUAAAAUCCUCUUCACCACCCACAUCGCAGUUUCCAAAUUCUGUUGGAUCGUCAGUCGUUGUUGAUACAUCAGCGCAAAGUGUUAG